AUGUCAGCAGUCAGGGACAAGGAACAGCCGGAAGCCGCCCCGGCAGCCCCGGCAACAGCAGCCGAGGACAAACCAGCCCCCUCGAUAGCGCCGGAGCAGAUCGCCAUCGUCAAAUCCACUGCGCCUGUGCUCAAGGAGCAUGGCGUGACCAUCACGACGGUGUUUUACAAAAACAUGAUCGACGCGCACCCGGAGCUGCACAAUAUCUUUAGCACCACCAGCCAGGCGACAGGCGCGCAGCCGCGGGCUCUCGCCAACGCCGUCCUCGCCUACGCCACCUAUAUCGACGACCUGCCGAAGCUGUCGCACGCCGUCAGCCGCAUCGCCCACAAGCAUGUGUCGCUCCAAGUGAAGCCGGAACAGUACGACAUCGUCGGCAAGUACUUGAUCGAGGCCAUCGGGCAGGUCCUGGGGGACGCCGCCACGCCCGACAUCGUCGACGCCUGGAUCGCGGCGUACGGCGUCCUUGCCAACGUCUUCAUCGGCGUCGAGCGCAAGAUGUACCAGGAGCACAGCGGCUGGCUGGGCUUCCGCAAGUUCAGGGUUCUGCGCAAGGAGGUUGAGGCUGAAUCCAUCACCUCCUUCUACCUGACGCCCUCGGACGGCAGGACGCCGCUCCCCCGGUUCCUGCCGGGCCAGUACGUCAGCGUGCAGCUCUUCGUCCCGCAGCUGGGGUACCUGCAGAGCAGGCAGUACAGCCUGAGCGAGGGCUACAGAAAGGGAGGAGAGUACUACAGGAUCAGCGUCAAGCGCGAGGAGGGCAUCGCGGUCGGCGCGCCGGGCAUCAUCAGCAAUAUGCUGCACGACCACAUCGGCGUCGGCGACGAGGUCGAGGUCUCGCACCCGCAGGGCGAGUUCUUUGUCGACCCGGCCGACGAGACCAAGGCCGGCGCGCCGCUCGUCCUGCUGUCGGCCGGCGUGGGCGCCACCCCGCUGCUCUGCAUCCUCGAGAGCGUGACCGUGGCCGACGGCGGCGUCCCGGCCUCGGCGGCGACGCGGCCCAUCUCGUGGAUCCACGCGUCGCGGUCCCGCGCCCAGAGGCCGUUCGAAGCGCGCGUGGCCGAGAUCCAGAGGGCGGUCGGGGAGGACCGCCUGCGCGCCAGGUUGUUCCUCGGCAAGAUUGACCCGGAAAAGGACGUCACCAACCAGCACUUCCACUUUGGCGGCGGCAGGAUGGACCUCGGCAAGCUGGACGCGGACAACGACCUGCACACGGCGGACGCCAGGGCUGAGUACUACCUCUGCGGACCCGAGGGCUGGAUGCUGGACACGAGGGAGAAAUUGGAGCAGAUGGGCGUGGCGCGCGAGCGGAUCCACCUCGAGCUGUUCGCCACGGGUGACGUCCAGUAG